UCUCCUCCCUACGCGACCCGAAGGGGCGGACCCGGUGGCCGCAGCACCUGGGCCAGGUGGGCGAGCUGCAGGGCAGAGCGAGGGUUGGAGCCUGGUCGAAAAGCGAUAAUGGCAUCACAUCCACGCAGAGUUCGACUGAAACCCUGGCUAGUAGCUCAGGUUGACAGUGGUAUGUAUCCAGGUCUUAUCUGGCUUAACAGGGAUGAAAAGCGAUUUCAGAUUCCUUGGAAGCAUGCAACUCGACAUAGUCCUCAGCAUGAAGAGGAGAAUACCAUUUUUAAGGCGUGGGCUGUGGAAACAGGAAAGUAUCAAGAAGGGGUUGAUGAUCCUGACCCUGCAAAAUGGAAAGCCCAACUCCGGUGUGCUCUCAACAAAAGCCGUGAAUUCAAGCUCAUGUAUGAUGGCACCAAAGAGGUGCCAAUGAAUCCAGUUAAAAUUUAUGAAGUAUGUGACAUCCCACCAUCCAUGACGCCAAUCAUUAAUCCUGGUUCUACUGGUUCAGUUCCAUGGGAUGAGAAGGAUAAUGACCUUGAUGAUGAAGAUGAAGAUGAGUUAAACGAGUCUCAGCAUGUAGCAAUACAGGACAGCUUUCCAUUUCUUAAUAUCAAUGAUUCCCCAAUGGCUCCUGCUAGUGUGGAAACCUGUAGCCCUGAAGCUGUGUGGCCAAAGAAUGAACCUGAAGAUAUAGAGAUGCCAAUGCCUCCUGCACUACCAGCUCUGCAGCAUGAUAUGUACAGCUCUCCUGAACUCUGGAUUAGCUCCCUGCCUAUGACAGAUCUUGAAAUCAAAUUUGAAUAUCGAGGCAAGGAGUUUGGGCAGACAAUGACCGUGAGCAACCCCCAAGGCUGCAGGCUUUUUUAUGGAGAAUUGGGUCCUAUGCCAGAUCAAGAAGAACUCUUUGGUCCUAUUAAUUUGGAGCAAGUCAAGUUUCCAGGGCCCGAACUGAUCACAAAUGAAAAGCAAAAGCUCUUCACCAGUCGACUGCUUGAUGUAAUGGACAGAGGGCUAAUACUAGAAGUCAGUGGUCAUGCUAUUUAUGCUAUCAGGCUUUGCCAGUGCAAAGUUUAUUGGUCUGGACCAUGUGCACCUUCCUCCACCACACCAAACUUAAUUGAAAGACAGAAGAGAGUUAAGCUCUUUUGUUUAGAAACAUUUCUAAGCGAGUUAAUUGCCCAUCAGAAAGGACAGAUUGGUAAACAACCACCAUAUGAGAUCUACUUUUGUUUUGGAGAAGAAUGGCCAGAUGGAAAAUCAAAAGAGAGAAAGCUGAUUGUUGUUCAGGUAAUUCCGGUUGUAGCUCGGAUGAUCUAUGAAAUGUUCUCGGGUGACUUCACCCGCUCCUUUGACAGUGGCAGUGUGCGGCUACAGAUCUCUAUCCCUGAUAUCAAGGACAACAUUGUUGCGCAGCUGAAGCAACUCUACCGCCUGUUGCAGAAUCACCAAGAAGGCUGGCCAGUGCAGCCACCAAAUAUGCAGAUAACCCCACCCCUUACCGCACAGUGAUGACGAGGUCUUGGAUAACCAAACAAUUGUCUGAAUUCUUUAAUUCUAGAUUGAAAUUAAUUGAAAUAAGAACACUUUUAAAUGUCUCUUGAAUAUGUGAAACUUUAAUGAGGAAUAUUGAUAUGUAAUGUAAUCUGUUUUAAAUACUUUUGCAAAAGUUGAUCUAGUUAAAUACAUGUAUACAAGCAUACUUCUCUAGAAAAGUUUUUACUUUUAUUAAUGUAAAUAUAUUAAAAAAAGUGAGCUUUGCCUUGCUUGAAUGUAGUGCUGUGGUGCUCUUUUUAAAAAACAAGUUUGUCUUUAACAGGAAUUCUUACUUCACUCCUGCUUUAUUCUUAGAGUGUUUUUAUAAUACAGUUUAAAUGUAUUAUACUAUUUCAUGAUACGAUUUUUUAAAAUAUACUCCUGCUGCUGCUACAUGUGAAAUAUGUAACCACUACAAACUAAAUUUGUUUCAAAAUAGUGACCUGAUAACUAGCAGUAGGCAGAUUUUAUUCUCUCAACUAUUGCUUGUUGUUUUAUUCUUUCUAUAUAGAUGAAAAAUAGCGUGAGUUUUAAGCUGAAAAGCAUAGUUUUUUUAAAAAAAAAUUAAAGUGACUUUAAAACCAAUUGAGAAAGAUAUCAAAGACGUAAGGAUAGAUAUUAAGUUGGGCAAAAUAGAAGCCCUUUUCAUGUUUUUCUCUGUUGAGGCACAACAUAAGGCUGUCUCUUGUACAGUGUGAAAAAAUGGUUCAAAUGCAGCCAACCGUUUCUAGCUGAAUCAGACUGUCAGAUUACCAGAAGAUAUAAGAGAGCUCUGUGUGGAAAAUUAAAAAAAAAAAUUGCCAAAAUGUGAAUCCACAAAAUGAAUAUUGUAACACAGCUAAUUCAGUCAUGUGUAAGUAUGCCAAUUUUAGGACUUCUGAGGAAGAAAUGGUGAACUAAGAAAAAAAAGGGGGAGCUGACAACCGCAGUGGCAGAAUGAAGAGCAACGGCAAAAGGGUGAUUAGAACGUUGAUUUUGGAAAGUUACAAAUGGACUAUGGGUCCAGAUGGAUUUGAAAUAAGAUUUUGGAAUUAAUUAUAAGAAUCCUGCUUUUGUUCUGAAUUCUUAAAAAAAAACAUGAUAGGAAGGGACUUUGAAGGUUGAGCACUAGAGCAAACCAGAAGGAACUAAAGAUUACAAGUAAAGGAGAAGAGCACUUAUUAGUCUUUCUAAUACAGAAUGAGGCAAAAUAUUUUAACAUUGGACAUCUUGAAGGAUAUUUUUGAACAAUGGACCCAGAAGUUAAUUUUAAGAGUUUCUACCUCUAUAGAUAGGCUGUGUUUAAAGAUGCUAUGGAAGAGGAAUAAGAUUUACCUGACAAGAUUGAGACUGAUCUGAAAGUGGAUUUAAAAAUGACAGGCUACAAGAAUGGCACAGAAAAAGGGAUAUACAAAUAAACCAAGAGGGUGACCUGGAUAAAUUUCCUCUAUCGGAUAUACAAAAGAGAUUUGUUAAAGCUUUGAAGAUUGUGAGAAGGGACAAAUAAAAAAAUGAAAUCAAGUUCUAGGACAUUAUUUGAAGGGAUUAAAGUUAAAGAUUGUUAAAAGUAAAAGGAAGGAAUAUAAAGUCGGUUUAUUUGAUCAAGGUUAAAAUAGAUAUGUUAUCUCCAAUAACCCCUUAAUAGACUUGCUGACAUCAGGACCGAACGAUGAGGCUUUAAGAAUUUGUUUAUAGAUAAGAGAUGGGAUAUGGGAAGAAGAGAUUAUUUGUUGUAUUUUAAGAGAAGGUGGUAAGUUACUAAAAUACUUUAAACUUGUUUUGAUGAAGGGGGAAGUCAUUUCUUUAUAGAUUUCUUUCUUUUUUUACUAUAUUCUUAUUUUUUCCAGCAUUUCUAUUUUUUCUUUUUCUUUUAGUUUGUAUUAGUUUUUAUCUUUUUAAUUGUAAUGUUUAAUAAAAUUACUAUAUAAAAAGUAAAUAUGGCAACUUUAAAAUGGUAAUUUGUACUUUUAUUCUGGACAAGCUAUGAUGGAAAAUGCAUUUUCAUAUAGCACAUCAUGUUAUCUUAGCCUCAUCUACCUAUGUUUUUGCUAGAUAGUAAUUACAUAUAACUGAACCAUACCUACUUUGCAUUCCUAAGAUAACUGGCAUUCUCCUUUCUACUAAGUGUUUGAUUUGGAACUUCCUGAUUUGAAAUCAUUUGUGUAUUAAAAAUGUUAUCAUAGCUGCCGUUCCUACAAUAAAUGGAAUAGUUGGAAUAGAAUUGGGUUUAAA